AUGGCGGAUUCUUCAGGGGACAAGCCAACCCACCUGCCAACGACUAUUUCUAUCGGUAAGGGUGAGGAAGGAAAUGAAGGUAUCUGUGGGACCUGUAAGGGUAGCACAAAUAUAGAAAAUAAGGGCGCUAAUGUCGGUAACAUGGGCUCACAAGUAGCUGGUGCAAGCGACAUACUCACGUCACAAGCAGCGGUUACAAGCGACAUACUCGCGUCACUAGCAGCGGGUAUAAGAGACAUACUCGCGUCACAAGCAGCGGGUAUAAGAGACAUACUCGCGUCACUAGCAGCGGGUAUAAGAGACAUACUCGCGUCACUAGCAGCGGGUAUAAGAGACAUACUCGCGUCACAAGCAACGGGUGCAAGCGGCAUACUCGCGCCACCAUCAGCUGGUGCAGGCGGCAUACUCGCGUCAGAAGCAGCGUAUGAAGGCAGCGCAAUCCCGCCACGAGAAGCGUAUGAAGGCCACCGAUUCUCGUCACAAGAAGCGGCUAUAAGAGACAUACUCGCGUCACAAGAAGCGGGUAUAAGAGACAUACUCGCGUCACUAGCAGCGGGUAUAAGAGACAUACUCGCGUCACUAGCAGCGGGUAUAAGAGACAUACUCGCGUCACAAGCAGCGGCAACAAGCGGCACACUCUCGUCAGAAGCAGCGGGUAUAAGAGACAUACUCGCGUCACUAGCAGCGGGUAUAAGAGACAUACUCGCGUCACUAGCAGCGGGUAUAAGAGACAUACUCGCGUCACAAGCAACGGGUGCAAGCGGCAUACUCGCGCCACCAUCAGCUGGUGCAGGCGGCAUACUCGCGUCAGAAGCAGCGUAUGAAGGCAGCGCAAUCCCGCCACGAGAAGCGUAUGAAGGCCACCGAUUCUCGUCACAAGAAGCGGCUAUAAGAGACAUACUCGCGUCACAAGAAGCGGGUAUAAGAGACAUACUCGCGUCACUAGCAGCGGGUAUAAGAGACAUACUCGCGUCACAAGCAGCGGCAACAAGCGGCACACUCGCGCCACAAGCAGCGUAUGAAGGCCACCGAUUCUCGUCACAAGAAGCGGCUAUAAGAGACAUACUCGCGUCACAAGAAGCGGGUAUAAGAGACAUACUCGCGUCACUAGCAGCGGGUAUAAGAGACAUAUUCCCGUCACUAGCAGCUGUUGCACCCCCCCCAUUCAUUCCACAAGUGCCUGUUGCACGCCGUGAAUCCUUGCCACAAGAGGCUGUUGCAGGCGCCACACCCUCAUCAGAAAUAGCGGGUGCAAGCGGCAAACGUCCACACGCAGAGGUAACAAGAGGCAUACUCGCGUCAGAAGAAGCGAUUAGAGGCCGCGGCUAA